AUGGCGGUCUCGCUGAAAAAGCUGAUUGUAGCCGCCACCGCCCUCCUGGUCUGCUCCGCGCAAGCCUCCUGCCAGUCCGUGGACGCGACGUCCGUCCAGCGCGACUUCAACGUCAUCCCGAUCUACUACAACGCGCUCGGCAGAGACUGGGUCGACGGCAGCGUCGGAUGUGCGGACUGCAACUACAACGACAAAGCCAAGGCCCGCGACGGCAGCGAGGCGGCCUUCAGCGUCGAGCUGCGCCCGUUCGGACGCGUUGUCCUGCAGCACGUCCCCUUCUUCUCGGGCCAGGCCGUCCUAGACGUCAUCGUCAAGGGCGAGUCGGUGACGAAGGGGACGCUCUUCCUCGAGAACUCGGAGAACCUCACGCGCUCCGAGGCGGUCGUCCUCUCCGAGCUCCGCGACGAGUUCCGCGUCGUUUCCGGCCCCGACGCCGACGGCUGGCUGCACGCCCAGAUCUUUCUCGACAGCCUCACGCGCGGCAUCACGCGGCGCACGGGGCUGCCGAACGUCUGGGACCGCAUCGUGCUCGUGGACCACUCCGGCAUGGGCAUCUCCACGCGCUUCGAUCGCAUCUUCCUGGUAGAGACUCCCGACCGCCAGCCUCAGUCCGCAGCCGUCGCGACGAUCGCCGCGCGCGCCGUCGUCGCCUACAUCGGCUCCGCGUCGUCCGGGCUCGAGCCCGUGUCCCCCGACGGCGUGCCUCCCAUCGCCAACCAGUUCGUGGCCUCUACGACCGCGCUGGCGGACGGCGACGCCAAUCGGUGGAUCCUGGUGCUCAAGCCAGGGCUCAAGUACGGCCAGAUCUUCGACAUCUGCGACGAGGGCUCCUCCGCGGGCGUGUACGCGGCGUCCGCGGCGCCGCGCUUCGAGCUCACGUGUCGCACGGAGCUCCUGGGGACGGAAGACACCCCCAGGGCGCAGGACGCUGACGCGGAGAUCGACGACCUGUCGCGGCUGGUGUCCGUCAGACUCGCGCCGGGACAGUCCAUCGAGGAGCUCGCGGUGGCCCUCGCCGGCCGCGUGGAGCUGAUCGACCGCGACCUCGCCUUCACCAUCCAGGGCUUCGAGACCCCGGGCGGCGCUUCGUUCGACGUGGCGCCCCCGAGGGCCGCCGGCGCUGCUGCGUCCUGGGGCCUGGAUCGCGUCGACCAGCAAUCGCUGCCACUGGACGGCGCGUACGACCCGGACGUGCUGGGCGCGGGCGCGCACGUGUUCGUGGCCGACACGGGCGUGCGCACCGACCACGUGGAGUUCUCGGGGCGCGUGUCCGACUCGUAUUCCGCGGUGUCGGGCUCGCCGUUCGCGGGCGGCACCGCCGGACCGCGCAACGCGACCGCGGCUGAGCCUGCGUGGUGGGACCGGCAGGGCCACGGCACGCACUGCGCUGGAACGGCCGUGGGGGCGACGUACGGCGUUGCGCCGCGCGCGACGUUGCACGCCGUGAAGGUGCUCGGCGACAGCGGGUCAGGAACGACCUCGGACAUCGUCGCGGGGCUGAACUGGGUGCUCAACUACGCGCGCGCGCGGAGCCUCGUCGGGCGGUCGGUCGUGAGCAUGUCGCUGGGCGGCGGCGCCUCGCCGGCGCUGGACAGGGCAGUGCAGGACCUGGUGGCGGCGGGCGUGACGACGGUGGUCGCGGCGGGGAACUCGAACGCGGACGCGUGCGGGGUGUCGCCUGCGCGCGCGAGCGGCGUGGUGACGGUGGCCUCGACUGAUCGGAACGACCGGAAGUCUUCGUUCAGUAAUUGGGGGCGCUGCGUGGAGAUAUGGGCGCCCGGGUCGGCGAUCCGGUCGGCGCACAUCGCCUCGCGCACCGCCGCGCGCGACCUCUCCGGCACGUCGAUGGCCACCCCGCACGUGGCCGGCGCCGCGGCGUUGUACCUCGCGACACGCCCCAACACCCCCCCCCUGUCGGUGCUCCAGGCGCUGCAGAUCGGAGCCGUCGAGCGCGCGUUCGACCCGCGCACGAUCGAGCUGCUGCUCAACGUCGAAGACAUCGCCCCCCCGAGCACGCCGAAGCCCUCCCCGGCGCCGACGUCGGCACCGACUCAGGCCCCGCGGCCGACUCCCCCGCCGCCGACCCCGCCCGUGAGCGAGCCGACCCCGCGGCCGCCCACGCGCCCGUCCCCCGGCAUCCCGGGCUGGACCUGA